CAAAUAAUUUGAGGAAAGUGUUCGGAUGUAGAGGAGUAACUCAGAAGUCAUGUCUAUCGCAAUCGCCAACUUGAGGCAUGUCUUCGGUCUCAAGGGAGACGUCGCGAACAACGUAGCUUUCCAAGAUGAGCAGACCAUCAUCUACCCUUCGGGGUCCAACUGUAUCCUCUACAACAUCGAGACCAAGACCCAGAAAUUCAUCUCAAGUAUUGAGAAAAGUGGGGGCAUGACAGCGAUGGCUCUGACACCCAACAAGAGAUACAUUGCUGUCGCAGAGAAAGGAGAAAAGGCUACCAUCACCAUCUAUGAUCUGCAGACACUCCGAAAGAAGAAAGUGCUGACAACAACCGAUGUUCAGUCCCAGCAGUAUGUCAGUCUGGCUUUCUCUCCUGACUCCAAGUAUCUAGUGUCUCAAGGUGCCCGACCUGAUUGGACGCUGCUUUAUUGGGCUUGGGAGAAGCCAAAACCCAUGGCUUCUAUCAGGACAUCCACUAAUGUCAGCAAUGAAGUUUACCAGGUAUCCUUCAACCCCAACGACAACGCCCAAUUCUGUGUGGUAGGUAACGGUGUCUUCAAAACUUACAAGUUCAACGAUGGCACUCUCAAAGCGAACCCUAUCCAAAAGAUUGAACCCCAGAACUUCUUGUGCCACAGCUGGCUAUCCGAGGACCGUAUCAUAGUUGGUACAGAUACAGGGAGAAUGCUGCUGUUCGAGGGACAAGAACACAAGAAGGACUUCCAUGUCAGUUCCCCUGUUGCUCCAGACAGCACUGGUGGUGAGAGUCGUUUUCCACUAAAUAUUUCGAGUGGUGGGAGUGGUACAGCAGGACAAAGUGAGACAAGUGAGAGUGCGAUGAGGGCACAGACUCCCGUCCUCUGUGUAACUAAAUACUCCAAGGGAUUCCUGUGCAGUGCGGGUAACGGUGUGGUCUACAUGUACGAGAAGACCGAUGAGAGGGAGCUGUACAAGAAAGCAAGGGAAAUUAGGAUUCCUAUUUCUGCUGACUCCGCUCAGGCUACUGCCAAUAUGAAGGGUGCGCUACACGAGAUAAUGCAUAUGACCAUCAGUCCGUCUGAAGAGACCAUCAUCGCCGGAACUCGCAACAACCAGCUCUACACCAUUGGACUGACUGGAGCAGAGAUCUCUAAAGGAGAGCAGUCUCUGUUUGAGACCCUGUCUCAGCCUUUCCAUUACGAUCAGAUAACUGGUCUAGAUGUGUGUAUCAGGAAGCCGCUUGUCUCUACUUGCUCACUCGAUAGGACUGUGAGGAUUUGGAAUUACGAGAACAAUUCUCUGGACCUGACAAAGGAAUUCCAAGAGGAAGCAUUCAGUGUCGCCCUGCAUCCAUCUGGACUGUACGUUCUAGUUGGGUUCAGUGACAAACUCCGACUUAUGAACAUCCUCAUCGACGAUAUUCAACCUUUCAAAGAGUUCACUAUUCGUGGCUGUCGCGAGUGCCAGUUCAGUAACGGAGGACACUUGUUCGCAGCCGUGCACGGCAACGUUAUUCAACUCUACGCUACCUACACCUUCGAGAACGUGGGCAACCUCAAGGGCCACAACGGCAAAGUGCGCAGCAUCGUCUGGUCGCAGGACGACAGCAAGAUCAUUUCUUGUGGUGUUGACGGUGCGGUCUACGAAUGGAGUGUGUACACGAGCAAGCGUGAGGGUGAGAGUGUUCUGAAGACAUGUUCCUACACUUGUGCUGCUGUCUCGCCCGAGGGAGGCACUACUUUUGCUGUUGGUUCUGAUAAGACACUCAAAGAGAUUUCUGACUCCCAGAUACAAAGAGAAGUUCCCGCUGCUGACACUGUUCUAACUCAAGUCGCCAUAUCACGGUCCGGUCGCAUGCUCUUCGUGGGUACUGCUCAGGGUUCUAUCAGAGCCAUGAAGUUCCCUCUCACUGUACCAGGAGAAUGGACUGAACAUCAGUGCCAUGCUUCUUCUAUCACUAAAAUGAGGAUAUCAUACGAUGACGGGUUCCUCUUUACUGUUGGAGAGGAUGCUUGUCUAUACACCUUCAAGAUCAUGGACAAAGAGGGCCGUGGUCUGAAAGCGAAGGAUAUUACUUACGCUGAGGAGAUUUUAAUUUCUAAGUCUGAUCUUCAAGAGAAAGACACUGCGAUGAAAGAGUUGAAGACCCGUGUUUAUGAGUUGAACAUGGAGAAUGAAUAUCAGCUUAGGUUGAAGGAUAUGAACCAUCACGAGAAGACUAAAGAGCUCACUGAGAAGUUCAUCCAGGAAAUGGAAUCAUUGAAAACAAAGAACCAAGUUUUGAAAACUGACAAGGACAAAGAAGAAGCUAAGCAUGAGGAGGAGAGACAGGAGCUGAUUGAGCGACAACAUCAAGAGCUCCAGGAUCUUGAGUCAGCUAACAAUCAGAAACUAAUGGCAGAAUACGAGAAAUACCAGGAAUUGCAAGCCAAGAGUCAGAGAAUGCAGGAAGAGUAUGAACGUCAACUUUCUGCCAAGUCCGAGUCACACAAGCAGGCCCUUCGCGAGCAAACGGAACAGUAUGAGACAAAACUUCAUGAGAAGAUUGGACAAUUGGAAGCUGCUCACGACGAAAUGAGGCAGACUAUGAGGAUACACGAGGAAACGAAGAAACAGAUCGAAGAAGAUGCGGAUCGUGAAAUUCUGGAUAUAAAGAACAUGUACGAAAGAAGAUUGAGGGAAGAAAAGGAGGGUAACAUGCGACUCACCGGGGAAACUGGCAUCAUGAAGAAGAAGUUCAAGUCUCAAGAACAAGAGAUUGAGGCUCUGAAAUCAGAUAUUAAUAACCUGAAUACUGAGAAGAACAAAUUGAAUGGUGUGAUCAAAUCUCUUGAGAAGGAUAUUUUGGGACUGAAGAAAGAAAUCCAAGAACGUGACGAAACUAUCCAGGACAAAGAAAAGAGGAUCUAUGAUUUGAAGAAGAAGAACCAAGAGCUCGAGAAAUUCAAAUUUGUCUUGGACUACAAGAUUCGAGAACUGAAGAAGCAGAUUGAGCCACGUGAAAAUGAUAUCAAGGCAAUGAAAGAUCAGAUCCAGGAAAUGGACACAGAGCUUGAAAGAUACAACAAGAAUAAUACUGCUCUUGAUCUGAAGAUUGAAGAAUCCAAACAGAAGCUGAAGGCUAAUAAAGAAGAGAUGGCAGUACAGAGACAGAAAGUUCAUGAUAUGGAAGCUGAGCUCAAGAGGUUCAGAACUGAUGUCAGCAAUUGUGUUCAGUACAUCCAAGAUCCACAGAAACUGAAGACUAAGAUUGUGGAAUUAAACAAGAAAUACGUCCAGAGUGAACAGGCAGUUGAAGCUGCUGGUAUGGAUGUGGACAUCCAGAAAGAGUACGCUCGACAGAGAGAUCACUUGGAACGAAGUGUGGCCUCAUUCAGAAAGAAACUUACCAAAGAUCAGCAAAUUCAUAGAGCUGACAACGUCAGAAUCAUGCAGGAGAAUGUGUCUCUUAUCAAAGAAAUCAAUGAUCUUCGCCGCGAACUGAAAAUAGCUAGAACUCAGAUAUCAUCCCUAAAAUAUGCUCUGAAUUUGGAUCAGAACAAGAAGGUUCACGACUUGGAAGCAAACAGCAAUGUCUUGAAGAAAGGAGCCCUACCAAUCGGCCCUAUAAUAUCUCCUGAAGAGCUUGACCAGACGAAGAAAAUAGUCGACAUUCAGAAGUCCGAGAUAAAGAGACUGAGAGAUGAGUUGAGGCACUCAAUUAACAGACCACUGUCAAAUGGACAAAGACUACCGCCACUCGAAGUGGCACAAUGAGUCGUUUGAUUAAUAUGUGAAUUUAAGUUAUUUGUUUUUGAAGUGGUAACAUUAGAUAAAGUGUAACUUACAUGGACCAUCAGUGUUAAAAACAUUUGACUCCAAACAUUGUGGGUCAGGUGCCUUGAGGUUUGUUGUGAUGGGUAGUUCUUUUAUUUCCACAAAUGUUGAGUUAACGAGAUGAACGUUGUUCCGGGAUACAAUGUAUAAAAUGUAAAUAUGAAGAGUUUUUAUGAUAUUAUCGUAGAUUUUGCUCUAUUUUUUAUGUUUAUAUGAAAUUCCUUUAGAUAAAUCAAUUAAUGAAAUUUUAACUGAA